AUGUCUCAUGCAUCGGAAGACCAAGCUAUUGAUUGGCAAGAAGAAGCCGAAGCUGUUAUUCGUGAUGUUGGUUUUGCUCUGAAGAGCAUUUCAAUAUCGUCACAAAUGCCUCAGUCCUCGACUGAAAUUUAUUUCAACAUCGAAACUCGAGAAGGCCAGAAGUUAUGCGUCGAACUCUCCAGUUACGGGUUUCGAGUUGUUUCAGAUUGCUUCGACGAUGCCAAGGAAGGUUUUCCUGACCAAACCUACUACGAGACUCCUUAUGCUUUGUUCGACAAGUACAGUAGUCAGUUCCGGCAUUGUUUCGCCAAUGAGUUAGAAAAGAAACUUAGUCGUCUAACGGGAUUUUCUUAG